CCAUGGGUGACACUGGCUGGAAAUAGCACAAUGGGCCAUUAUUUCAAGUUGUUGCAUGCUCAAGAGGAGAUUGAACACCUAGAGGUUGAAGCCCAUAGGCUAUUGAUGUACUUGAGAGACAAGGAGUGCUUUGUGGAUGAGAGUGAGCAGCAAGUGCAAGCUCUCCACCCCCCAUUAGCUCAUCAGAUAGCUUGUUACUACUCAAUACACAGUUGCUUCACCUCCCAACACCUCAAGCACCUGCAUGACAUCACCAAGCUGCCCAGCUACAAGGGCUCUCUCUCUUUCAGUGAGAGUGUGUGA